AUGAAGGAUAACAGGGAAGGCUUCUAUGGGUAUAUCAGCAGCAAAAGGAAGACAAGGGAAAACGUGAGCCCACUGUUGAAUGAGAUUGAAGAUCCAAAGAAGAAAAACCAGGAUGUAAGGUAAUACGUCAUGCAACUGCAUGAUAAGAAGGAGGUGGCUGAAAACUGGAUGUUUGACCUAAAAAAUGACUGUCUAUGUAAGGAACUUGAUGUAAACAAACUGUUUGAGCAGCUGGAAAAAGAAAAAGAACUGUUGUUGAAUACUGCUGAUAAGGAGCUUGAAGAAGCAAAGGUAUCUAUCAUUAGAAUUAAUAUUAUGCCGUAGACCUUUUGGGCUGAAUUUCUAAUACUCAUCUCUACUUUCAGAAGCUGAAAGCAAGGGAAGUCACCUUCAAGGCUUGAUACCUUUAUUAAGACAUUGCAAAAGGACAGAGACUACUAUAAAAGUGAGGCUGAGAAUUCGCAGAAGGCAGUUAGAAACAAAUCUGCAAGUCCUAAGCAGAAGCCUGCUUGUGGCAGUAUGUCAAAAAGAUUUUCAGCCGUCCAGGCACAGGAAGAGAUAUCCCGACUUCGUCGGGAAGUUAUCAAAUGCCCCAAGACUACUAAAACUACUGUGACAGCUCAAGCCAUCCUAAGGCGUGUGGAGACAGAAAGGGAUACAGCACUCUCUGAUUUCCGAAGAAUGGCUACAGAACGCGAUAGCCUCAGGGAGCAGUUGAAGAUUUCCCAAGAGACUGCAUUUAAUGAGAAGGCUCACUUGGAACAAAGAAUUGAAGAGCUGGAAACAACAGUUCAGAAUCUAGAUAGUGAACGAUUAGAACAAAUCUCCAAACUGGCACUAAUGAAAGAGACUGUGGAGUCUCUGGAAACAGAAAUGAAAACAUUGGCAAGAAGAGCAUUGGACUCUGAAACUGAAUUGAACCGACAGAAAGUUGAAUAUGUUUCACUUGGUUUAUUGAAAGAUAAGACAGAACAGAGUCUUUCAGAGACUCAGCAAAGCCUUGCUAAGAAAAAAUAUGAAUUACAACUUACUCAAGAGAAAAUUAUGCUUUUGGAUGAAAAAAUUGAUAACUUUUCAAAACAAAGUUUUAUACAAGAAGAGGAAAUCUGUGCUUUGAAAGAAACAAUUACACGACUUGAUAAAGAAAAGGAAACUUUGCAAGACUUCAUCAAAGAAGGAAAGAAGAAGAUUGCCACUCUUGAAGAAGGCCUGACAAAUAAAGAGAAAAACAUUUCAGAUUUCAAGCUUCUGAUUUCUGAGUUGGAGCGUUCUGCAAAAAAAUCUGCUGAAGCUCUCUGUAUCUGUGAGAAAGAUAUCGCCAGUUUGCAUCAACAGCUAGAAGAAACCAAUGAUGAACUUGCACAGACUAAUAAGAACAGAGAAUCAUUAGCUCAGGAGAAUGGCAGGUUACAAGAAGAUCUUUCUAAUAUUAAGCAAGAAAAUCAGGUACUACAUAAAAAACUAGCAAAGUACCAGAACGAGCUUGAUGAUGUGAAGUUGAAAGCCCAGGAUUCAAACAAAGAUGUUGCCAGGCUGAAGGGUCUGCUAAAGUCUAAAGAGAGAGAGAACUGUGAGCUUUUGGAGAAUUACCACAAAGCCUGUGAAGGAGGAGAAAGCUGGGAAACAAAAUGCCAUCAAGCAGAAACAGAUUGUAGCUCUGUUAGACUGGCGCUAAUCAAUGCAGAGUCUGAGAAUCGAAGGUUUAAAGAAAGAAUUCAAUCCCUUGAAAUAGAGAUGGAGCAAAAUUUAACAACAGAAAAAGCAUACAAGUCUCAGAUUUCUACCUUAAACAAAUCUCUUCUGAAAAUGGAAGGAGAACUGCAGAAUUUACAGCGGGAGAAAGUCUCUAUACUUGCAGAUCUUACAUCUACACAAGAACUUUGUAUUAAAUUGGAUGCAGGCAAAGAGCUAUUAAACCGGCAGUUAACUUCCAGAGCAGAGGAAGUAGAAAGGCUGCAGGAUGAUUGUGAGUCAUCCCAUUCUGAAAUCGAGCUCCUCAGGAAACAACUGACAAAUGAAAGAGCAUCUAUAAAAAAUCUGGAAUCUUUGCUUGUGUCCAGUCGGGAGAAAGAAUUGCAAUCACAGAUAGCAGAGCAAGAAAGAGACUCUGAAAUUCAGCUUCUCAAGGAUCAGCUUGCUUUAGCAGAAAAUAAGCUUGCUGUGCAAAGUCGAGAUUUUACUCAGCUCAGAAAUACAACAGUUCAGCUGGAGUCAGAACUAGAUAUCACCAAAAGACAGUUGGGAACUGAGCGCUUUGAAAGGGAACGUGCUGUACAGGAGCUUCGACUCCAGAAUCUUACAACCUCGUAUCAGUUAAGUUCCACAUUAAGAACAUCAUCACCUGAACGUUGCCACUAUCAGUCUCCUGAUUGGUCUCUGGAUCGGUCCCUAGAAGGGGAUUCUUCAUUCAAAGACUUUUAA